AUGAUAUGGGGUGGAGAGAAAAACGGCAGCGCCGGCGGCGGCGGCGCCGCCACCCCCUCCCACCACCCCACGGCCGACGUCACCCUCGAGUUCGCCGCUUCCCUCUCCGCGCAGGGCGGCCGGUGGGCCCACGACAUCCUCCUUGAGGCCGCCAGGGCCGUGGCCGACCGAGACACCUCUAGGCUGCAGCAGCUGAUGUGGAUGCUCAACGAGCUCAGCUCGCCCUACGGGGACACCGAGCAGAAGCUCGCCUCCUACUUCUUCCAGGCGCUCUUCAGCCGAAUGACGGACUCCGGCCAGCGGACUUACCAGUCCCUGGCUUCCGCCUCCGAGAAGAUGUGUUCCUUCGAGUCGACUCGGCGGACGGUGCUCAAGUUCCAGGAGGUGAGCCCGUGGACCACGUUCGGCCACGUGGCCUGCAACGGCGCCAUCAUGGAGGCCUUGGAAGGCGAGGCCAAACUCCACAUUAUUGACAUCAGCAACACCUUCUGCACGCAGUGGCCGACGCUGCUCGAGGCCAUCGCCACCCGCACGGACGAGACUCCGCACCUGAGGAUCACCACCGUGGUGGCGAGGAGAUCCGGCGCCGCCGUGCAGAAGGUGAUGAAGGAGAUCGGGACAAGGAUGGAGAAAUUCGCCCGACUCAUGGGGGUUCCUUUCCGAUUCAAUGUCAUCCACCACGCAGGGGAUCUAUCGGAUCUGAAUCUGGCCGAUCUGGACAUCAAGGAGGAUGAGGCCCUCGCCGUCAAUUGCGUCGGGACACUCCACUCCGUCGCGGCGAUCGGCAAUCGGAGGGACGUUCUGAUCUCGAUUUUCCGGAGCCUGCGGCCUAGGGUUCUCACGAUUGUCGAGGAGGAGGCCGAUUUGGACGUCGGCGCGGAGGGGAUCGAGUUUUUAAGGGGAUUUCAGGAAUGCUUGCGGUGGUUUAGGGUUUACCUUGAGGCGCUGGAUGAGGCAUUCCCGCGGACGAGCAACGAGCGGCUGAUGCUGGAGAGGGCGGCGGGGAGGGCGGUGAUGGACCUGGUGGCGUGCCCGCCGGAGGUUUCGAUUGAGCGGCGGGAGACGUCGGGGAGGUGGUCGCGGCGGUUGCAUGGAGGAGGAUUCGGGCCGUUCCCGUUCAACGAGGAGGUGUGUGACGACGUGCGGGCGCUGCUGAGGAGGUAUAGGGAGGGUUGGGCGAUGGGGCACUGCUCCAAUUCCGCCGGAAUAUUCCUUUCGUGGAAGGAUCAGCCGGUGGUGUGGGCGAGUGCAUGGAGGCCCUGA